GAGACUGGCCAGCUCUAAUGUGUGAGGAGAAAGAGACAGUUCAACUGUAAUGUGUGACGAGAAAGACAGCCUGAAUGUAAUGUGUGAGAAGAAAGAGACAGUCCAACUGUAAUGUGUGAGGAGAAAGACAGCCUGAAUGUAAUGUGUGAGGAGAAAGAGACAGUCCAACUGUAAUGUGUGAGGAGAAACAGCCCAACAGUAAUGUGUGGGAACAAGUUGGCAUUUGACUGUAGGGAGCUGGGAGACGGCAGUAAGAGGAAAGGUAGUAUAAAAGCCGGGAGAACAAAUCACAGAGCCCGAGGGGCGGUGAGGCGAGAAGAGGGGGGCGCCGGGCUCAAGCUCUCCCCCUCACAGGUCCCCCAGUGUGAGCAGAGAGAGAGAGAGGAAGGCAGGAGGAGAUGCUGCGCGGAGACCGCUGUCUGAGACUGUCACCAAGAGAGAGCACCGCAGGACCCGGCACACAGACACUCGCAUAGAUAUGUGACUGCACAUCCGCAGCAAGACAUGACUCCUCAGUCUGUGGAGGAUUGCUUACAGAGUACAUUAUCAUCCCUUUAUCCUCCAUUUGAGGUGACGGCACCAACACUGCUGACCCAAGUGUUUUCUGUGCUAGAGAGGACAUAUCGUGAGGACCCUCUGAGAUAUACUUUGGAAUUUCUCAUACCAGCCAAGAGAAUCCUGCAGAAUGUGCAACACCAGGCCUGCUCACAAUACAGUGGAUUUCUCUUUUUCCAUGAAGGCUGGCCACUCUGUCUUGGUGAGAGGAUCCUCAUCCAACUCUCCUCUCUUCCAUGGCACUUUUUAAAGCCUGGAGAUUUUUACUUACAAGUGGUGCCAUAUUUGGAAUGUUCUCCCAGGCUUGUGCUGAAGUGCCUUUCUCAGGAUGGCAGUGGUGUACAAGAGAUUGUGGUACCUGAAUCCUCCCAUUCAUUUCUUUUUUCUGCUGAAUGGCUUAACAGCAUUAAUAAAGACCGUAGCUCAGUCCGCCUUGAGAAUUGUUUAGCUGCUGUAGAGGAAAAGGUCCUUCGACUACCAUGGUCAGAAGUAAUCUAUCCUCGAUUCAUCCAUAAGGAUGGCUUUAUAGUUGGGAGAAGAUGCCCUCCAGGUCCUCUAAUGCCACCUCUGGAGUUUAGAAGUCCCGGUGAUGGGGGAAUCACCAUUGGAGAGGUGGUGGAUCCCAAAGGCAAUACUCAUUUGGUACCGUCAAUUAAUCAAGAAGAAAUACACAGCUGGAGCGUUGGUGCUAUUUCACCACAUGUGCUGGAUGCCCUCUGUGGCUCUGCUGCAGACUCUGUAGAAGGAGAAUAUGUAGAACUAAGUCCUCCCCAUACUGGGUUACUAAGCAGAGAUGACAGUCCCAGGGAUACAUGGCUGUCAAGAGCAAAGACUGCUCCAAGCAGGAAAGGUAAAAAGAAAGCUCCAGAAGCAUGGCUCCACCAAAGGAAGCCUGGAAAGGUGGGUUCUUUGAGCACUUUAAAGGGGAGGUCUGAAGAGGUAUGGGAAGAUAGAUUGUGCACCGGAGAUAUUGGAGAGCAAACUAAACCUUCAACAGAGGUAAACAGUUACUGGGAUGUUGAUACAUCAAAAUACUCUGCCGAAAGUGAUGUGUUGGCUGAAUGGAGAAAAGGUUUGGACCUUCUUCAGAGACGUGAGAGAGUUAUAUUUUCAGAGAGACAGUUAAAGGGAUCUUCUGAAAUUCAGGUAAGAAGUGUCAAGGACUGUGAAGUGGAACAGAUGGAAAUAUCUUGGGAAGUCGAGAAAACUGUAAACAAAAGUAGAUCUCAGGAAGUUGACAAUUUAUCAGAUUCAAUAAAAGGAUGCUCUAUAAAUGAUAAUAUCGACAAAGAGACAGAUAAUGUUCCCUCCACUUGUGACAUUACUGCAGAUGGACAAAACCUGUCCUCUGGAGAGAACUUAGAACCAUCUAAAGAAAAAUGUGAGAACAUAACCAGUAUAGAUGACAGCUCAAAACAAGCACUUAAGAAAGAAAGUAAACAACUUAUGGAUAUCCAUAGUAAAGUGUGUCCUUCAAGGGGCUCCUCAGUGAUCAGAACAGGCAGAACCUGGGCAGAUGGUCAAGAAAUGUCACAUGUUGAAGAAAAAGCUGUUGAGGAUAUUCAGGAGGCAACUAUUGAGGCAAAAGACCUUCAAGAAAAAGAAAAGCAUCCUGUUUGGGAUCAGAUCACAGAGUCAUCUCAUAAGACAGGAAGAGGGCGAAGAAAAAAGAGGAAUAAGAGGGGUAGAGGGGCUGUAAGAACAGAUGCAAGAAAAGGAGUUCAUACGGUUGAGCAGAGCAAAUCUAGUGGCAAGGAAGAAGAAAAUAAACCUUGUACCACCUCCAAAGAUGAAGUGGACAUCGACAGAAUUGGUCAGGAGACAAAUGAACAAAGAUUUUCUGCCGAGCUAGUGGAAAAAGUUUCUCCGUGUGUCAAUGAACUUGAUGAACCACCUUCUUUACCAAAAACAGAACUAGAUGCAUCUCUUACCCAGAAGUCUCUGCUGCAAUCAUCCCCUAUUUUAGAUUUCAACCACCUUCAUAAAGAUGUUAAUUGGGACAUACUGGAAUCUGGAGUCUGCUGCUUGCUCGGUGCCCAGGACAGAGAGAAGAGAGCACUGCUGAUUGUAACUCCGCCUAAGGCUGCAGCAGAAUACUCUCAGGAAAACAUUCAGGAAACAAUAUUAUACUUGUUCUCCCUUCUCAGAUCUGAUCUACGUGAUUUGGGUAUGACCCUCAUUGUGGAUCUGCGAGACUGCAAUUCUGACUCUUUCCUUCAACUGCUUCAAGAAACCAGGGACAUCCAUGCUUAUAUAAAGUGCACUUUAAUAGUAUGUAAUACAGAGAGCCCUGCUCCAGUAAGAAGUGGUCUUUUUGAUGCACAGGUUGUAGAAAUGUCAGACCUGACAAAGUAUAUUGAAGCAGAAGAGCUGCCAGAGAGUCUUGGGGGAGAAAGGCCAUAUGUACACAAUGAGUGUGUGAGGAGCCAGCGGUCUUUGUGGCGCCUCCACUCUUUGUGCUGUGAUGUGCUUGACUCAUUGGAGAAGGUCACACAAGAAGUAGAAGCUGAUAUUACUGAGGAUAUUCAGUGGCUGAUUUGUCAUCAUCGUGAUGCCAUGAAAAAAACACUUACAGAUGAGAAACUUCAAAGACUGCAAAGAGAUGGAGGCACUCUUGUAGCAAGACUACAGAAGUCACCUUAUCUGAGACUUUAUGAUCCAAUCACCUUUGACUUGUAUGAGAGGGUUGAUGAGGCACUGCAUCGUCUAGUCCAGUUGUCCAACCAGAAACUCCAAGAGCUGGAGGCAAAAUUUCCGCCACCUGACUUUCAUAACAGAACUCUUGAGGAUUCUCAGAGUCUUUUUGAUGCACAAGGACAUGGAAUAGACAACCGUGGGGAGACCCAAGAUAUACGAAAAUUAGAGGUAUCGCUUAUGGACACAGAUAAUCGCAAGGUAGAGGUUGGUGUCAGGAUCCGGGGUCUGGAAGUCAGUAGCCGAGAGCUUGCUGACCGUACCUGCAGUCCACCACGUGGUCAUGUUCUAAGUAGAGGUGAUGGAAGAGGACCAGAUGCACCUUGGGGAGGAGUUCCCAGACCAGAGGGAAAGAGGUCUCCCCAGCGCUUACUAUUAGAUCUCCUGUGCUCUGAGCGAAGUUACGUGCAGUCUUUGCGACGCUCUCUGGAAGUUAGAGGGACGUGUCCGGCUGGCCUUGCCCUGAGAGGGAGCUUGGAGCAACUUCUUAAUUUCCACACUCAUUUCCUGAGAGACCUUCAGAAUUGUGUGUCUCACCCCCUGACUGUCUCUUACUGCUUCCUGCAGCAUGCAGAUCAGUUUCGUUUAUACUCGGUGUAUGUGAAAAACAGACAGAAGGUGGAGCUGUUCCUUCCAUCCCCCAGUGGGAGUUUAAAGGGCAAAAAGAGAGACCAGAAGGAAGAGGAAGAGUCAAGGGGAGUUUUGCAGAGACCAUUGGAGCAAUUGGACCAGUAUCAGCGCUUUCUUGGAGACAUGAUACAAGAGUGUGACCAUGAUGCUGAGCAAGAACGACAGUCUCUAAAUGCUGCACGAGAACUUGUUGGCUCGCUGGUACUUCAUGGAAAAAAUUUGCUUGCUGCUGAAGCCAUUCGUGGAUUUGAGGUGGAUGAAAAAGAAUAUGGUCGCCUUCUGCUUAAGGAUGUAUUUACUGUGUUAUCUGGAAGGAAGAAGUCCUUGCGACAUGUUUUCUUAUUCCAAAAACUAUUGCUUCUCAGUAAACUGAAGACAGCCGAGGGAGGUCUGGAGACAUAUGGAUUCAAACAAGCUUUUAAGACAGCUGAUAUGGGCAUCACAGAGAAUGCUACAGAGGGAGACACACGAAUUGAGCUCUGGUUCCGUCGCCAAAAGUCACGAGAAACAUUACUUCUCCAAGCAGAGACUUCAAAUGUGAAAGAAACUUGGACUAAUGAGAUCACAAAACUGUUAUGGGAUCAAGGAGGACUAAGUAAAGAGCAUCGAGUCCAGGACACAUCCACAAUUGGUUCAAGUCAUCGAUCUUUUCUGGACAUUAAGGCUGGAUUCAAUGCAAUAAGUGAAAGGACAGUAAGUGCUCUCCUGACGGCAAGGGGUUCUCGUACCCGUGCUUCUGUUCCUUUCUCUUCUUGUGACAAUAGUUCUUCCCCUCCAUCAUCUCUCAGCCUUGCACUUACAUCAGGACAAAGCCCUCGGAGGCUGCGGUCACCUGGAGGGGUCUCUCUUCCAGAAAAAAUCAGUGAAGAGAUAGGUGAAGCCUUCACAGGUGGUCCAGUGUGCCUAAAGUCAAUCUCGCCUAUUACAGAGAGAGAAAAGCCAAAGGAUUUGCCCAUUGAAGCAGUUUUUCCAUCCACUUCUGUGUAAUGGCAUGUUCCUUCAUUAUUUCAUAAAAACUUUGCAUUACCCUUCCAGUGCCAUGAAUACUAUAGAACAUGUUCAGCAUUUCAACCACCUCAGCAAAUGACGCUGCUUUUACCAAGAAACCAAAAAUGAACAAGUCAAUGCUCAGCUUUAGGCUGGUCAGUGAAAUGAUUCUGGUUAGUUAGAAAAAAAAAUACAGCUAUGAUUCUACUGGAACUUGGACUUUCUCUGGCUUUUUGUAUUCUUACUACCUGGUGAGAAAGAAUUGAAUGUUAGUUCUAGUCUUAUAAUAGUGAAAAAGAAGGCGUAAUGAAUAGGACCAUAAUACAUAUAAAGCGGUAUAUGGAACCAGAUCAUUGGAUCUUUUAAGCUAAGUUUCCACCACCACCACCACCAAAAACUGCACUGUCAUUUUGCACUCCCAAGAUGUUUUUAAAAAAAAUAGUGGAUUUUAGUCUCAUGCGAUUCUUUUAUCAUGUGACUCAAGGAUUUCUAUUGAAGAAUUUGGGGGGAAAAACACCAGCGCUAAACCAACAUGGCAUUUUGGAUGGUAUUUUUGGCUACCAUAGACUUCUGUUGGAGGAAAACGCCAAAAAAAAACACCACUGAGCCCAAAACCAAACAUGAACACCUGAGAUGAGUAUUAUAAAAAAUAAACGAAAAGGAAAAAAAAUGCUAAGUGGGUUUGGCAAUUAAUAAAUCCCUAUUUACGUUCAGCUAACAUCUUGCAGCAUACAUUUUUCACCCAAAAAAUAACUUUGCAGCAUUUGUGAUGUUUUUUUGAGGGGCAUUUAUGCCAGUGGAAGGAAACCUAGCAUUACAUUCAUAGUUCAAAAAAUAUAUAGCUGUAAUCCAUUUAUAAACAUGGACAUAUUUUAUCAGACAUAGAUAUAUUUUUACAACCAUAAUACCAAUGGUUACUGCAAUUUAUUACUAAUAAGCCUAAUAUAGCAUGACAACUGUCAGUGUCCUCUAAAUAUAGCCUGGUAUGGUGGCUUUACUAGAUGGCUAUUAAUACAUAUCUCUUAUCUGUGGCUGCUCCCUGCUCCAAAUACUUAUUACAGUAUAAAUACAGCAAUAGAAUAAGAUUUAUAUCUGAACGGUACUUGCUAGAAAAAGCCAUAGAAACAUAUCCUAUUGCAUAUCCAGUUCUAAAUAUGCCAGCCAUUUAAAAACGAAGGAGAAUAAAAGGGAUGAAAUAUGAAAUCAAAUACUAUGCACUCGCCUCAGAUAGACUGCUAUACAAAUGGAUAACUGGAUUAAUAGAGAAAACUGGACAAUGGCAGCCAUACAGCUGGGACCUAGUAACAGCUUGAAUGGCCUCAGUUAUAAGAGCCAGGAAAUCAAUGCCAUAUAGGUCAACAUAUUAUGGUGGACAGGUUCAGAGACCUGAGCUAUAUGAUUUAUCUCAGCUUCUAUGGAGGUGAUUCAUAAUGAUGGCACUUUUCUUAUCUCCAUUAUUGUGCCUUUGGUAGAAAUCAAUGUUCUUCCACCUAGAGCUUGCACUUUUUUUUAAACAAUGUUAACCUUCGUUUUCAUGCAGUAGCAAAUAUGCAUGCACAUAUGGGAUGUAAAAUGAAACCCAUGCCUAUGAAUACCUAUAUAUUUUAUGUAGUCUGUGUAUAUGUCUCUUUAGAUCCACAUUGCCUUUUGUCCACCCUUCUGCAUUUUCUUUCUUCGCUCAAUAGAAAGGGUCUAACCUGAUAUGUAGAGAUCAAUAAACUCUGCCUGGCAGCCUGCAGCAGAAGCGUUUAUAAAGAGAUGUAUUGAUUGUAUCCUCUCUACAGGAAACAAUGAGAUUUGGAGAAAAAGGAGGAGAGAAUCUUUGCUCUUUAGUUUUGCUGCAGUACUUCAGGGGGGCUUAGAAUGUAUUCAUCUCUGCUGGGUUAUGCCUGACAUGGUACACCAAUUUGGAACUAGUUAUUGUUCUUAAAUCUUUGUUUAAUGCUAUUAUGGUACAUACCUAAUCAUGCUUUGUUUUAUUCCUUACAUGAUGGUGCAAUCCCUGCCGGACAAUGCUUUAGAAUGGUACAGUCUGUUUGCAUCAGAUUGGCGCAGUCUCUGCCAUUUGUUUGUCUGGGAAGGAGUUGUAGUAAUUGUCCUUCUGCCUUUAGUAUAAAAAAAAGUACAAUCAUUCAUAGUGUGCUUUAAUUUUAUAUAAAACAGGUACAAGUAAUUUUUUUUUGCAAACAAUGACAAUGCAAUUUAAAUGUCCUUGUUCACGAUAUCAUACAUUUAUUCUGAUUGAGCUAGAGAAUAGAAAGGCAUUGAUUUAUAUAGGCCUAAAGUAUUAUUCUCACGUAUAUUUCAUCAUUAACAUCAUUUAGCACUUUUUUUUUCUAUCCUGUGUAUUGUAUGUGGUUUGUCUUUGGCACAUUUUUUUUAUUAAUAAACGUGUAUGUCUGUCAGUGAAUAUUCUGCUUAAUAUUUUUUGGGUUUAAUUUUGUAUAUAAUGCUUUGAGUUAGUGUUUGAUGUUUCACAUUACCAGUCAUUACUAGGGAGCACUCUAUGAUAUGAUUCUUUUCACAGGCAACCAACGUUAUAAGCAAAUUAUGUGUAACUGAGUGACUAGAAAGAAUGAAAAAUAGUUUGCUGUAAUUGUGAAACAAGAAUAAUGAUAUACAGUAUGUGUAUUUUAUAUGAUUCCAUGUAGAAAAAAACAGAGGAGUAAAUUGUUUUGGCAGAAA